AUGAACGAAACAGUAGCGAUGAUGAACAUCUUUCAUUUGAUGUGGGACAGCGAAGAUACGUCCCUCUUCAUGAGCGGAUCAAUCGACGAGUUCAAGAUAAGACACCGUUUUUCUCACUGGAGUUUUUCCCACCCAAAACGGCUAAUGGAGUGGCAAAUUUUUUCACUAGGUUGGACCGUUUCAAUGAAGGUGGUCCUUUAUUCGUUGACAUCACCUGGCAUUUGGGCAGUGAUCCAGCUAACAUGA